AUGCUAUACUCAAGCUCCUUGCGUGUAACAUCCGCAUUGGCCUCUCGCCGUGCCUUGUAUGUCCCACGUACCAUGUCAUCAUUGCCUUCAUUUGCUACCGUUGAUCCCAACUUUAGUGGUGCCAAUCCUACCGAUGGCUUUAAUUUGGUCAAUGGCAAAUGGACUAAAUCUGUCAAGAAAGAAACAAUCCUUGACCCACUAAAUGGUGAGGCUUUCAUGACGAUGCCACUCACUCAAAAAGAUGAGCUUGCACCCUUUGUGGAAAGCAUGUUAAGCUGUCCCAAGCACGGUCUCCACAACCCUUUGAAGAAUGUCGAUCGUUACGUUCUAUACGGUCAAAUCUGUGCCAAAGCCGGUGCUUUAUUCCGUCAGGAGAAGGUCGCUGAUUACUUUUCUAAAUUGGUGCAACGGACGUCACCUAAGAGCUAUUUCCAGGCUCGUAAUGAGGUGAAAGUGACGGGGAAAUUCCUCGAGAACUUUUCAGGAGACCAAGUGCGUUUCCUCGCACGCUCAUUCGGUGUCUCAGGUGAUCAUCAGGGUCAGGAGAGCCGUGGCUAUCGCUGGCCAUAUGGUCCUGUCGUGCUGAUUACACCUUUUAAUUUUCCCAUUGAGAUCCCAGUACUACAGAUGAUGGGUGCUUUGUUCAUGGGCAAUAAAGUGCUACUUAAAGUGGACUCGAAGGUGUCGAUUGUCAUGCAGGAAACCCUCCGUCUGCUUCAUGCAUGUGGUAUGCCAUUGACUGAUGUGGAUUUCAUUAAUUCGGACGGGGCGGUGAUGAACGAUCUACUUUUGCAGAUCAAGCCACGUAACACGCUAUUUACUGGAUCGCAAGCUGUCGCCGAAAAACUUGCAAAGGACCUGUGUGGUCGAAUCAAGCUGGAGGAUGCUGGCUUUGACUGGAAGGUGCUUGGCCCGGAUGUUCGCGAUUUCGACUACGUCGCUUGGACUUGUGACCAGGACGCAUAUGCUUGUUCUGGACAAAAGUGCUCGGCGCAGUCUGUUCUAUUCAUGCACAAGAACUGGACGGAAUCUGGCUUGGAAAAGAAACUUGCCGAACUCGCUUCCCGACGAAAGCUGUCGGACUUGACGGUUGGCCCCGUGUUGACGGUCACCACGAAACGUAUGCUUGACCACGCUGCGGCUCUGUUGAAGAUCCCGGGUGCUCGUGUCGCAUUUGGAGCUGAAGAGCUUGAGAACCAUUCGAUCCCCGAGAAAUAUGGUGCCGUCAAGCCCACUGCUAUCUUUGUUCCGCUUAAGGAGUUUGUCAAGCCUGACAAUUUUGAGCUUGUAACGACGGAGAUUUUUGGCCCAUUCCAGGUGGUGACCGAGUACGAUGACAGCGAGUUGCCUCAAGUCUUGGAUGCUCUGGAGCGCAUGAACGCUCACUUGACUGCUGCUGUGGUCUCGAAUGACCAGGAUUUUGUAAGUGAAGUGCUGUCAGCUACGGUGAACGGCACGACUUACAGUGGCAUCCGUGCGAGAACUACGGGUGCGCCUCAGAACCAUUGGUUUGGCCCUGCCGGUGACCCGUGUGCUGGUGGUAUUGGCACGCCGGAGGCGAUCAAGCUUGUGUGGUCGUGCCACCGUGAGAUCAUCAGCGAUGUAGGUCCCGUGCCUGUUAACUGGACGAUCCCCGAGGCUACUUAA